CUCACUAUCUUCAAAUGACCCCUUUCUUUAUCUCUAACUACUUUCUUCUCUCUCCUGUCUGUACUAUAACAAUUAUCUUUCUCCUUUACAUUUUCUCUCCAUCUACAAUUACAGCCUCUCCUUACUCAUUCUCUAUUCUUCCUACCAAUUAACUUGUCUGUCCAUUUCUCCCUCCCUCCCCUACUUUUCCCUCUCUCCUCCUCCUUUUUUCUCAUGAUUUCCUGUCAUUCUUUUUUUUUUUUAACUUCUUUCUGUUUCAAGCCCAGAAACUAGAAAAAACACACACAUUUCCGACCAGCUGAAUACAAGCACUCCUGUCCUCUCUCCUUAAUGCUAUCUCGUCACCAUUCCAUCUCCCUUCAAUGCUUAAAUCUUUAUUGACAAGAGGGAAUUGAUACAUGACAGCAUCAAUAGUUACUGACCCUUUAUUCCAUUUCUUCAUAUUUAUACUUUUAGCUGGAAAAUUAAAUCUACCAUUAUUGUCAAAUAACAUUUUUUAACUCCCUAAAGAACACUUUUGCUUUUCAUAAAUGAUUUUUUUAUCGUCUCAGUGAAGAUAUCUAAUGGAUACAACGUCAUAUGUGCCAAAAAGUCAAGAAGGAUAUUUUUAUUUAUUUUAAAGGAUUUACUUGGGACAAAAAAAUAAAACAAUUUUUUUUCUACUCAUUGAUCUACUUUUUUACUACGUGUUUUAAAGGGAUUUGAAAACGUGAUCAGAUUUUAGUUGCACUGGAUGUCUGCCACUUUAUUUAAUUCAUUUUAUUGGAUUACAUAAGAGCACAAGAACACCUGGAUUUAUUCAAGGAUAAACAGAAAUCUGGUAUAUUUGGCACAAACAUUUGUUUUAGAUUUUAAUUAAAGGAUUUAUUAGUUUACCAACAUUAAAUAAUCUACUUUAUGCGGGAUUUCCCUGAAUAAUUUUUCUGGUGGAUGUACUAAAAUACUGAAGUAAUGGGGUACUGUUUUGUAUUGGAAAUCAAUUUGCGUUUUGAUUAGAAUUGUGUUAUUUCUGUUUAUGACAGAUUUAGGGAGUUCUAAAACAAAUAUUUUAUUCCAUGCAAUAUGGAUAUAAAUACUGAAAAUCAGAAUAUUUAGUUAGAUGCACUGAGGAUAUUCAUACAAUAUAGAUAUUGAAUUGGUAACAAAAAUUUGAUGGGAACCACAGGACAUGUUCAAACACAUUUAUAGAGCCUGAUUGAAUAAUUUGGGGUUCAGACAACUAGGAUGAGUUAAGAAAAAAAGAAGCCACAAAGUGAUACCAAUGCCUCGCUGGCACAAGAAAGGAACAAGGAAAAAUGUGCUGUUUCCACUGCUCCUCCUGGCACUGGUAUUGGGGGGCACAGCACUCUGCCUGGCCUCUGUGAAUCUAAUAUUGACAUUUAAAGCCUGGGGACGAAGUCUGUGCCAGGACAGGAUGUUACUACCACAGGACAUCCCCAUUCAAGAACCAAACACAAAGUUGCAGACCUUUCAUGAAAAUGUUUGGGAAAAGCAACAAUUUCUUUUUCAGAAAAUGAGAACAGAAAGAAGUCUCAAUAAACGUUCAGCACAACCUAAGCGAGGCAAAAGUCAACGUAAACCUACACCACUAUCUGCAGCUCAUUUUGAAGUCAAAUUAGCAAGGGGAUUAUUACAAAUGAAUGCAGACAAAAAUGGUACAAUCUUGCACUGGGUUGAGGUCCCUUUGAAUUCCACUAGCCCUGUCCAUUAUGAUGACAGACGGGGAGAAUUCAUUGUGCUCAACAAAGGACUGUAUUAUUUGUACUGUCAGGUGCAUUUUAAUGAAAAUCGUAGCAUCUAUAUCAAAUUGGAUCUUCUUUUUGAUAAUUCGUUGAUUUUUCGCUGCUUGCAAGAAUUCUCCGCUACUGCUGCAAGCAUCCAUAAUCCUGAAGUGAAGACGUGUGGUGUAUCUGGGCUCCUUUUACUGCGUCCUGGUUCCUCUCUACGUAUCCGCACAAUCCCUGAUGCCAGGCUAAAAACUGAUCGAUUUCUUACGUAUUUUGGGCUCUUUCAGGUCCAUUGAAUCUACCUCCACAAAGAAUGGGGUAAAAAAAGAUAAGAAGAUCCAACCCCAAAGUGAAUUCUAUUAGACUCCCAUUUUUUUUAGACUUUAUUGCAAAUACAGGACAAGGGAGAUAUAAACAUACAUGCAUAAGAAUGUAAAAUGCAAAUUUAGAUUCAAAGAGCAAUCAUACCACACAUGGGCCAGUAUGAAGUGAAAGUCUAUAAAUAUACAGAUACUGGAUAUGGAUGAAAUCCCAUUUUAAGCUCAGAAACAAUACGCAAUCAGCACUUUUUGUGCCAGAAAGGAAAUAUAUGGCAACAGAGAUCAGGAUGUCAGUUCCUUGCAAAAUAUUUAAAUUACAGAACCAGAGAUUAAUGUGGGUGAUAAGGCUUAAUGUUCAUUGCAAAACUCAAACAAAAUAGGGAGUAAAGAAUGACAGACAGAAAACAGACAAAAUAACUGCACUGCCUAAAUGUUAUUGCAGACAAUAUGGUGAGAUAGAAGGGACAACAACAAGCUCUAGAAAUAAAGAGCAAGGAGUGUGUUGACUACAAUGGAAAUAUACAGACAGAAAUAGAAAAUGAUCAUGACUAGAAUGAGUUACAAACAUUAAAAAUAUAGAUUAAAGUUGAUUACGAGUAUAGCAUUGCUUGGAAAAGGAGCAAUGAAUAUGAAAUUGCCUCCAUUGCAAAUAUACAGCCACAAAAUGAAAGAGAUUGUAGCUAUAGUGUAUAACAAACCCUGUGAUUAUAAGGGAAGAGAUAUUAUUACUAACAGAGCCUGGCAUGUAUUACAAGAUUAAAGUCAGACUGAGACAUCCUGGCUGUAGGGUAUAUAUGCAGCCAGUAAGCAAUUGCUAAUCAAUGGUGCAUAACAAAAAGUUGCAUAAUGAUUAUGGUGCUCAGCAUGCGCUGCAAUUAGGUGCCAGUAAGCAAUCAGUAAUAAAGGAUUGAGAAUGCAUAGAAUAUAUAAAGACAGAAAUAGAUUGAGGUGAGCCCAGAAAAAGCAAACCAUAAACUGAUAUCUGAAUAUAACAAAAACAUGCUAGGAUAAAUGAAUGCACUGUGAUGGUGAAACAAAAAGUGACUGUGACUUCAGCAUUGUAAAUACAUAUAAAUAUUGUUUAAAGACUACAGGUCCCAGAAUAUAUAUAUAUAUAUAUCAUUUCCUGGUUUGUGCUGAAAAUCAAGAAUCAGAAACAGAGACCAGGAAUAUGGUUUUAUUAAAUACAUCCUUUAACAAAGUGAUAGUUAUACUUUAGAUGCAACAUACAAUAUUUUUUAUAACCUGCCCCCCAAACAAGUCUUACAUUUAUACAUGGUGAAAACAAGGCAUCUGUCAUAUAAGUAUUAAUGUGUUGCUUCAUAAUAAAUAUAUAUUUCAUACAGCAA